AUGAUGUUGUCGCGCCGUUUCUUUUAUCUUCUGGCUUUGCUGCUAAGUGUGGCAAUUGUCUGUGUGGCGGCUGACGUCACUUCUAUUGUGGACAGAGCCACUGCUGAGGUGGGAGCUCAGGUUGAUGCUUCUCGAGCGGCGGUGGCUAAAGCUGUUGCUGACGCUCAAGCUUCGGCUCUUGCUGCUGCUCGCUCUGCUGCUGACUCUGCAGGUAAUCUCACUGCAGCUGAUGUUGCUCGUAUUGCUGCUGAUAAUGAGAAAGUUCUUCGUGGAGCUGGCAUUGCGAUUUCUGGUGAAAAUGGUGGAGCUGCGGCAGCGAAGACCGAAGGGAAGAAUGCAGCCAGCGUCAUUUCUGUGUGGCUGAGUGCGUCUCUACUGAUUGUGGUUACACUGGCCAAUGUUCUUGUGUGCUGA